UCUCUUUCCCUCCUCAAGUUAUUGCCCUGUGAUACUGGUUUUUCUCGCGUCUUUCACUCUCGAUAAUGCUCCAUCAGAUGUGCCCAUCACUCGUUCUCUUUCUCUCGUGGGAUUUUCUUUUUCUUUGUUAACAACUGACAACUCUCGUGGCUGUGGGCAUUCGUUAAAGUGUGAAUGGGUGCUGCACAAGACUUCACAAAUACACUACUCAUUCUCUCGACAUUCUCAUGAGUUCCUGCGAAGCAUUUGCAUUUUACGUGUUGUGUAUCAUGAAGGCUGACUUUCAUUUUUUUUCCCUCUUCUCUUGUGGUUGGGUUUCGGGGGCCAUUUAGAAAUGGGCAAGAAAGGAAAUAGCUGGUUUGCAUCCGUGAAGAGGGUCUUCAAGCAUCACUCCAAGGACUCGCCGGAAAAGAAGAAGGAAAACGUAGAAAAAUGGCAACAUGAAGCGCCAGAAGUUGUGUCAGUUGAACAUUUUCCGGCGGCAAGCUCCCCUGAUUUCUCAAAUGGCGAGAGUUUCGAUUCAUCCUCGGCGGCUGAAGACCCCAACCAUGCCAUAGCUGUCGCCGUAGCAACUGCUGCAGCAGCCGAAGCUGCUGUUGCAGCCGCACAAGCGGCUGCUAAGGUGGUCCGUUUGGCAGGUUACGGACGUCAAUCUAAGGAAGACAGGGCUGCUACGCUCAUUCAAUCACGUUACAGGGGAUACUUGGCAAGACGUGCGCUGCGUGCCCUGAAGGGCCUAGUGAGGCUGCAAGCAUUAGUGAGAGGUCAUAACGUCCGGAAGCAAGCACAGAUGACUAUGAGAUGCAUGCAAGCACUAGUGCGUGUGCAGGCAAGAGUGCGUGCCCGCAGAAUUCAGUUAGCCCAAGACAGGCUUCGGAGCAGGAUGGAAGAAGAAGAGGAAAGGCUUGGACUGGGCGAGGAAGCUUCAAGGCGAAGGAGCCCCACGAAGAACAUUGAAAUGGAAUGUUGGGACAACAGAAGUCUGAGCAUAGACAAGAUAAAGGAGCAUUCCAUGAGGAAACACGAUGCUGAAAUGAAGAGGGAAAGAGCUCUAGCUUAUGCUUUUGCCUACCAGCGACAAGAAGAAGACCACAAGUUAUUGCACAACAACGAUCCAAACGGUGAUAAAGAGAGAUUCUUCGGCAGCGAGCAUGAGAAGCCACGAUGGGGAUGGAACUGGCUGGAACAGUGGAUGGCAUCACAGCCAUACCACGCCCGACAUUUGGUACCUCCGCGCGAGACUCCCUACGUCGCAUUAACAUCCACCACCACCGAUGACAUGUCGGAGAAGACUGUUGAGAUGGAUUUGGCGAGCGAAAAUGUCGUCAAGUCCAUCCGCAGCAGCAUUGGAGGGGACAUGGAUCUGAUGGAGACGACGAGCCCAUAUGCAGCAGCUAGGCAGCAGCGACAGUUGGGCUCAGAGUUCGUUCCGAGUUACAUGGCCCCAACUCAGUCUGCCAAAGCAAAGGUAAGGAAUCAUCAGGACUCGAUCAAGAAUCGAAGCACUUCAACAAAGAGGGGAGCGGUUGCUGGGCCAGGGUACGACUCCUCGAGCGCCGGUGGGAGAACAUCAACUUUCCACGUCCCCAGGAGCCCAAACCCAAAGAGCAAUGGAAACCGUGGGCCGGGCAAGUGGAUUGGCGGGGGAUACAGCCCAGACUCGAGCAGCGAGGACAGGGCAUUCCCAUUGCCCUUGGGACUUGGGAGCCCGUGGAUAUAAGACGAUCAUAAUCAUUUUGGUUCUAUUGUGGUUCAGAGUUAUAUGUCAAUCCGCGGUGCCUACAGCAUCUUUCUUAGCUCAUUGUGAAAUAAGGAUUGGUGAUUUAUUACUAGUUCUUGAGGGAAAAAAAAAAGGAAGGAUUGGUGAUUUAUUAGUUCUUAAGAAGAAAAAAAAAAAGGAUUGGUGAUUUAGUAAGAUAGUUUUGUUGGAGCUAAGCUAAGUAGAGUGUUAACUUUCUUUUUUUUUUUUGGGUAUUUGUCAGAAAGGUGGAGAGUGUAAGUGUAAUGUAUGCCGAUGCUUUCCUACUCGUUUCUUGUGAAUUACCGAUGGAUACUUCGUCAGCACGUUAUUCGAAGUUACCAACCACAAGGCUAAUUAAGUUGAAUCAAUCACUUUGCCUGCUGGUAUGUUUAAUGAUAA